UGUUCCUCCGUCUCGUCGCGCCCCGCCCCAUCCUCCCUGAGCGCUGGGGGCGGCCUGUGCGGCGCGAAGCCGGAACCUGUGGGAUAUCCACGCAGCUUGAGCCAUGGCUGACAGUGGCAGAACGCCUCAGGCCCGGGCCCUCCUGCAGCAGUGCCUGCACGCCCGGCUGCAAGUACGCCCGGCCGAGGGGGACGUCGAGGCCGAAUGGGUGGAGGUUCAAAGAGGAUUAGUGAUCUACGUGUGCUUUUUCAAGGGAGCUGAUAAAGAACUUCUUCCCAAAAUGGUUAAUACACUGUUAAAUGUGAAAUUAAGUGAAACAGAAAAUGGCAAGCACGUCUCUAUAUUGGAUCUACCUGGCAACAUUCUUAUCAUCCCUCAAGCCACCCUUGGGGGUAGAGUAAAAGGAAGAAGCAUGCAGUAUCACUGUAACUCUGGAAAAGAAGAGGGAUUAGAACUUUAUUCCCAAUUUGUGAAUCUCUGUAAAAAAGAAUUAGCUUCUAAUAGCAAGUGUGCUGAAGCUGGGGUUGUCGUGAAACACGGUACUUACGGCAACAGGCAGGUGUUAAAACUCGACACCAAUGGACCGUACACACACCUAAUUGAGUUUUGAACGUUUCGACAGCCAUAAUUAGAUUCCAAAGCCCCUUCUUCUUGAGUACACUAAUCUGCAGCAUUUUUAGAUAAGAAAAUCCUGGGUUCCAUCCACAACUCUGCAGCCUCCUAAUUGGAUGACCUUGCCAGUCACCUAAACUGUGGAUCUCAGUCACCUUCCAUCCCACUUUCCCCUACACUGACACUCAGAAAUUUGAAAAAUCCUUCUCUUCGCUUUAUGGUCUUUGGUAAGAACAUGGAAAUGUUCCUAGAGAGUUGUAUUUAAGCUUUUUGCAGUGAAGCAUUUUGUAUGAUCAAGAAAAAUAUAUUUCUUAUGCCCUCAAAUAUAUGUGGUAUGUAAUAAAAAUCACUUUUGUGUUAAAACUAGGUAAAAGCCAGUACAAACAAAUUAUAAUUUUGUCAAAUUUGUUUUAAUAUUUCAGAUUUCCGUAUUUUGAAUAAACAAAUAUGCAGUUUACUAUUCUUCUAAUACUAUCUAUGAAAAUGCAGAAAUGUUAUUGUACAUUUUAAUAUUACUUUCCAAGAAUAUCCAAGUACUUUAAGUUAUUUUAAGAAUCUUUAGUUGAUAUAGGAACAGGGCAUGGGGGACUAAAAGUUGUUUUUGUUUAAUAUUCUUGGUUAAUAUUCUGUUUCUCAGUUUUUUACCAAAACAGUGUGUGUCAUAUUGUUUGUCUUUGGUUUUUAAAAGUUACUGUUUAAUUAAAUUAGUUUUCAUAAAUUUUUUAGGAAGUUCUUUUCUUGUUGAUUUAGAUUGCUAUAUAACAGGAAUAAAAAGGGAAGCUUCCUACUGGAAUUGCUUGAAAACAAGUUGAUUUGUUUAUUUCCGUUUUAUUGACUUAGUGAUUUGGACCCAGUGUCAUUUUUUCUUUUAGUGUAUUUCUGUGUUCUCCCCCCUCAAAAUGCAUAUGUUGAAGUCUCCCAAGUGAUGGUAUUUGCAGAUGGGGCCUUUGGAAGGUAAUCAGGGUUAACACAUCAUGAGAAUGGAUGCCCUCAUGAUGGGAUUAGUGUCCUCAUAAGAAGAAACACCAGAGAAUUUACUCACCCUUUCUCUUCCGGCCAUGUGAAGAUGAAGUGAGAAGGGGGCUUUUUACAAACGAGGAAGAGAACCUUUACCAGAAACUGACCAUGCUGGUGCCCCAUGCUGGUGCCCCGAUCUUGAACUUCUAGCCUGCAGAGCCAUAAGAAAAUAAAUUUCUGUUGUUUAAGCCAC